UUUCAAGGCCCGGAAGUCAUCAACUCAAGACAAAAGCGUGCAUUGCCUGUUAAAUCACAACAGAAAUCCGCACAAACAACCUCCAAUGUAAAAAUGCUGAUUAAAGAAGAACUUCGACUGUUACAGAACCAAAUCUGUGCUAAAGAUGAAACGCUUUGCCGCUCAGGACCAAAGGGUAACGCAGGACGACGGGGAAGGCCUGGAAACCGCGGAAGACCAGGUUCCCCAGGGAGUCCCGGGCCGGAGGGGCCUCCUGGUAAACAUGGACCAAUAGGACAUCCAGGGCUAAUGGGUAUAAAGGGAGAUCUUGGAGUUCCGGGUGCCCCUGGUCCCGUGGGGCCUCGGGGUCCACCAGGCGAGAAAGGCGUAAAAGGUGAGCCGGGCCAGUCCAUCUCAGCUCCAUCUCUGCUGCAGCGUCCUGUUGAGACUACAGUCAAUAAAAGUCGGACAGCUACCUUCUUAUGUACAGCCGAUGGUAAUCCAUCACCAAAAGUCACUUGGUCUAAGCUGAAUUCAUCACUUCCUGUGGGGCGACAUGUUGUGGAAUCCAGUGAGGCUUUGACUGUGAAAGACGUCAGGCCGGGAGACGAGGGCGACUACAGCUGCAGAGCUGAAAAUUUGCUGGGCAGCGUGAACGCUACAGGGAAACUUAUUGUUCAUUGUAAGUUUAUACCUGGCAAUUAUCCUUUCAAUUUUCUUAGCGCUUACUAUAUAUUUAGUCAUAUUUGCAAGGAUCUGGUCUGCAAAGCACGCCACUCGGUAGACAUUGCCCUUCUUAUUCCGCAGCUCUCCAUGCCUUGAAGCAUAGUUAUGGCCAGUAGACCCAUUUUGGUAAAAAAGUUGAAGAUGGAUCCCGUUAAUUAAAGGGUAGAUGUGGCAAAUUAAAGGAGGUAAACACUUCAAUAUCACAUGGUAGAAGAAUGUUUUUGCGUUUAUUAUUGUCAAUUUUUUGCUUUUUCGUUACAAAAAGGAAUAAUGGUCCAGUUUCGAAUAAAAAAUCACCGCUGAAUACAAACAUUAACGACAUAUUCAUACAGGGUUAGCCUCGACGUAAAGUAAAAUAUUCAGAAAUUCUGGCAAGUAAGUGUUUGAAAUUUGAAUACACACAAUAGCCUGAGUAAUAAACAGAUCUUUUUCUCGUUAUUACUUCAGAUGGAGGCUAAGGCUGUAAAAAAUGCGUCUUCACUUCUUUAAUUCAGCGGUCAUAGAGAACUCGAAAAUGGGCUAUUCAUUUCUAUCUCUUCAUUUCCCACGACGUCUUUUAUAAUCCCCACGUUAUAUUUGAUGGUAUUCAUAAAAAACGUUCGAAACCUUCGGAACAUUUAAAAAUACUUUGCCCGACGCUUUUAUCUUGACUCCGUUUUUUGUGAAAAGGUUCAUGGAGGUUGGACGAGAGGAACAUUUUUAUCUUCUUAAAAUAACCCAGUUUGGAAGAGAUCUGGAAGUCCAAUGAUUUCUCACACCGCGUUUUAAUUUAGACUUAUUUUAAACAACCGACCCAGGGGAUCAUGUUUAUACAUAGCAGGGCUAAAAUUGUUUUACUGCAAUUUACAUGGAUUCUGAGUACAAUAUAUAUUUUUUUCAUGUGAUUUAUUUUUUUUGGCAGUUACUCCUCAGAUCUCUUUGUCAUCCCAAACAUUAAUGACAGAGGAGAAACAAACCAUCACUAUCGCCUGCACUGCUACUGGUCAACCGCAACCCAGUAUCACGUGGUCUAAGUCGGUCGGUUUUUUGCCGAAAGGUAGAAAUCAAGGGAUAAACGGAGCUCUGACGAUCUACAAUGUAACUAAGAACGACAGGGGAAUAUAUAUUUGUAGGGCAGAGAACAUUCUUGGAUCAGUGUCAGACACGGUUCUUCUUAUGGUAUUCUCUCCUCUGCGUUUUAAAGUCCUACCUCCCCGAGUGGUGACUCCUUCGAUUGGUUGCACUAUUCGCUUUCCAUGUGUGGCCGAGAGUGAUCUGAGACCGUCAAUUACUUGGAAAAAAGACGGACUGUCCUCACUUCCUGAAACCUCAAAUGUUCAUAGGAACGGGACUCUAGUUCUGGCUAACAUCAAAAAAUCACACCAAGGAUCUUACACUUGUAGGGCGACCAAUGCUCUUACAACAAUAGAAGCUACAGUCCAAGUCAACUCUCCAGUAGAAGCUGCCUCCUGUUCUGUGAUUAGACAACAAUCCAGCAGUGUAAGUGGGAAUUACGUCAUUGAUCCAGAUGGCAAGGGAGGCCUGGCACCCUUUACUGUAUUUUGCGAUAUGGCUGACAAGAAUGGUGUUGGUGUGACAGUCAUUAGUCACGAUAGUGAGGGCAGAACAAAAGUGCGUGACGGCCUUGGUUAUGGAGGCCCAGGUAGCUACUCACGUGAUAUUCAUUACAAUGGAGCGAGUUUUUCUCAGCUGGCGAGUCUCACCAGAGUCUCCUCACACUGUGAGCAGUUUAUCAAGUAUGAGUGUCAUCAUUCGGUCAUAUUUAGGUACAGUGGAUACGCUUGGUGGGUGUCACGUGAUUCUUCUAAGAUGACGUACUGGGGUGGAGCAUCUGUCAAUGGAAAGUGCACAUGCGGGAUGACCAACUCAUGCGCAGACUCUAGUCUUGGCUGUAACUGUGAUAAGAAUGACCGAGUAUGGCGUGAAGACAGCGGUCUCCUGACUGACAAGACAAAGCUUCCAGUGAAACAGCUCAGGUUUGGUGAUGCAGGGGACAGCGUCAAUCAAGGUUACCAUACUCUUGGAAAACUCAAGUGUUACGGCUCAUCAUAG